GUUUUAGUAACAAAGAAAAUGGCGACCAAUGGAGAUGAGAUGAAAGUACUUAAUCCUGUAGCACGAACAAUCUUGCAAGGCCUCUAUGAUUCUCAAAGUCCUUUUCAUUUACUGUUGGGAAUGCAUUACAUUUUAAAGACAAUAUGGAGUGAUAUUGUAACAUACUGGAAAUCGUGUAUUAAAUUAAGUGAUGAUAGUAACUUGAGUUAUGUGAAACUAAAAUGGGGCUAUCAUCACACUACGUCAGAUCUUAACUGGAUAGUGCGGUUCCCAACUCCGCACAAUAUAGACAUUAAUAUGAUGCCUUUUAUCAUGGAGAAGCAGUUUCAUGAUACGAAACUUCCGGAAUAUUUGCGAUCAUACUGGGACGAGAUUAUACGGCAGUGUAUCGUGAAAAAUGAUGUAGGUAAAAUAGGAUAUCUUACCAUCCAAGAAAGUUAUGUUGAUCAAGGUAGGAAUGUUAUAUAUUCUAAAUCACUCCAUCAUUAUUUAUUUUUCAUACUUGGCCACUUUUCGUUUAAGCGUAGAAAGGAACGCGGCAAUCAUACCAAAGCGCUACUUUUUGACACUUUCUUCCUACCUUUACAAAUGUUCUCUUCAAUGGUCCCUUUGUAGUUUGUAUGACACUUAGCCAGUGGCGAAAAUAAUUGGGUGAGGACCCCACCAUGAUUGCAAUUUUGUCCUAAACAAGACUAAAAACAGCCAAAUAUGAGUGUAAAUUGCAGUUUUGUCGGAGGUUUUGCAAUAUUCCUUUCCCUUUCCAUUGUUUUGAAUGUCUCUCUGUUUUCUAUGCCAUCCACUCACUCAUUUUUUUGACGUGUUUGUGGCAUUACGCCGCAUAAGGCCCAUUCAAUCUUCUAAAUUUAUAUAUGCUGACCACCAAUUGAAAGUAUAUUUCUGGUGGCCAUUCCCCACUACUUACUACUAUCUAUAAUUUUGUAAUAAAAAUGAAAUAUUACAGGUUCAUCACAGAGAAGAGCUGGCAUACACACCGAGUCCCCAGGUGUUGGGUUAUUAAAACGCAGCAAGGGAGAAGCUCAACACUUCCCUGCAUUUGAUCGAGGUUUCUGGGGUCAUGGAGUUGCAAAAUGCGAUUUGAAUUUAGAAGGUGGUAUUUACAUGGCAUCAAAUGUGGAAAACUCUUGUACAGUUUGGGAUUGUCAAAUCCUGCGACCUGAAGGAAACUGCCCUGAUGCUGUUGGUAUUCAUGGCGAUAUUGAACAUCUGAGAGAAUUUUUACCUCCAGAAAGUGAAGUUAUGGCUGCAAAUACACUCUACUGGAUCACAGAUAGAACACCGCACGAAGCUUUGCCUCAAAAUGAGGGAACAUAUAGACAGUUUUUUAGACUUGUAACAAGUGAAGUAUCAUUCUGGUUUCAAGAUCAUUCUACAAAGAACCCGCUUGGCGUUGUUCCCGAUCCAGAAUUCACAAAAAUUCUCAAAGGUUGGAAGUUUGAUGGAAGUUUCCACUUAGCUGAUUAACAUUGCAGUGGCCUAACUACUAUGGGUUCAGACCGGGAAAACCCGGGGGCCCCCAACCCCAAUGGGCAAAAUGGAGACCCACAGGCUCAGGCUGUUGAACCAAAACAUUGGGCAGGGAGGCCUCUGAUAUGUUACAAUGUCGUUUUCUGACCAUCAGAAUUGUGUAAAAUCCUCCUCCAAGUCCAGGAAAUGGCAUUUCAGAGGCUCUAGAUUCAAACAUUUUCCGUGUACGCAUGCCCUGAUCCCCUAGAAGACUCGUGCAUAUACGGCGCUUAAUUCGUGCUUUUGGCACUUCUACUAGGGGGGCUUCGAAAAUUGUGAACCGGGGGCCCUCUGAUAUAACGUUACGCCACUGUAACAUUGAAUCGAACGAAGUUUAAAUUUGAAUGAGUGUAACUAGGACUUUGCAAGUAGACUCUAUAGAACCACCGGUACCUGAGUUGAAGGUUCAUUAAUUUCUGAAAACUGUGUUAUAUUUAAAAAUAUACAAAAAUGUUUCACCAGCCCAUACUUGGGGCUGGUUGUAUAAUUAAAGUUAUUAUAACUACAAUUAGUGCAAAAGUUAACCAAUCAGAAUCGCGUAUUUGAGAGUUAACUACCAUUUAACCACAAUUACAAAACUAGUAGUUAAAAAGUUGUUUAGCCUUUAUGCAACUGGCCUCUUUGGUACAAAUUUCACCUUCUAUAGUUAGCCUUCCAGAUCUUUUAGUUCAGUGAUAAAUUAUAUUGUCAGUAAUUAUUUGAGACAAGGAAAAUUCUGCUCAUAUUAUUAAUAAAUAUACUUAUUAUUAUAUUCAAACACUUUUUAUACGUGAAAUAAAUAUGCAAAUCGAGGUUGGGAGGAGAUCUGUGAUCUUGUGAUAGUUCUUCAUAUGAAAGUGUUUAAAGAAGUUGCAUGAAUUCAUUCCAAAGUUCGUUAAAACUUGAAAUUCAUCCAGUUUACUUUUCCUGCGUGAGCGUCCAAUGGAUCGACUGUUAAACGAAAUGAAAAGAAAAGCCAUUGAUGCACGCAAGGUAGACUUCCUCAACUCAUUCAUCAAAUUGAUCAACGAACUAAUUAAACUUUUCCAAUCAAUUCCAUGGUAAAAAUGAUAUAAUGAAUUGCACGUAUAUUUUAUGAAAUUUUCAUCGCAGCAACAACGGCACUGUACGCUAAUAGAAUAACUAGGCAACUUUUUUUCGUCUGGGAGUCGUUAAAUAUUACUGCAUGAUACACCAUUGGUGGCGAAUACAAUGUAUUUAACUUUGAACGAUAACAUUUAGUUAUUUGCUGGUAAAAAAGCCCCAGUCCUUCACACCGUCAUCUGUACAUCAAUUGCAGUCAUCAAGAAGUCUUUUACGAGUCUUUACGUCAAUGUCAGACCCUCACAGUCACAAGUAUUUGGAUCAAACGUAUACGUACAACUGUGUCUGGCUGCUUUGGAAGGGAAAAAUGCAUGGACACUGACAAUUCACUCACAUAAUAUUAUAAUAUAAAUAUUGGUUAUCUUGGUUCCACUUUAUAUGCCCACAUAUCAUAUGAGUGGUAACCAGGGCCGUACGCAGGAUUUUGGGGUUGGUGGGCAGUGGUGUCGCUUAGGUGGAAUUGUGGUAUAGGAAAACGAGUGCCGAAGACGCGAGAUAAUUUCGGGGGUUCCGAAAAAUUUUGAAAUAUGUCCAUAAAAUGCCAUUUCCUGCAUUUGGGGUUAAAAUUUCACAAAACGAACUGUUUUAUUUUUAAAAGUAUUAAAACGAACUGUUUUAUUUCCAACCUCGUACCCAGGGUCUUUCCUCUUGGCGAGGGGAGAAAAGACCCUGGUAGACGCUGGUCACGUGAUCUGCCAAAAUCUAGCAGAUUUGUAAUUAGCAAUCCAAGAUGAGAU